GGUCCGGUCCGGUCAGGCGGUGCCGCUCGGUGUCGGAAGCGGGCCCGGUGUCGGGGCAGGUCCCGCUAGAGCGGAAGGAGGGGAGGCUGGAGCUGCUUUUCCGCGUUUCCCAGCGCAGGAAUUGCGCAGGAAUUCCGCGGGAAGGCUGGGGGCAGGCGGGGGGAUGGCAUCUGCGGUACCGGCAACAGCGCCGGGGAUGUGUCUGGGGUUUUGGUAGAGGUGAAUUUAGAGUUUUCUGGACAGGAAUUCAGCAGCUCUGGUCCUUUGGGAUUCACUCCCGGUUAGGCUGUGGCUGGGAAUGAGGGAAUGGAACUGCUCCUGGUAAGACGCUGCUCCUGGCUCCUUGUUCUGGGCAGAGGGAUGUCUUGAGGGAGCUACAUGACAAGAAGCCACGAUGUAGGAAACCUGGCUGGCUCAUUAGGCUUUAUUCUGCUUGAUUAAUAAACACAGAGCCACGAUGUCUUCUCAGAGUGACUGCCGAGCCCAGGCACUCACCAAGCCAGCACCUGGGGAAAAAGCAGUGAUAGAACUGGUGGACAGGGUGUUUGGAUUAAAGGUGUCUUGGAUCAGGCCUCUCCCCAGCUACGACGAUCAAAACUUCCACGUCUGUGUCUCCAGGAAUGAAGAUGCAGCUGAAGAUGCUGCUGAGUGUGUCCUCAAAAUCACCAACUCAGAAGACAGCCAGGAGCCUGACCUCAUUGAAGUGCAGACCCAGGCCAUGAUGUUUCUCCAUGCUGAAGGCUUUCCUUCAGCAACCCCUUAUCUCACAAAAGAUGGUAACACGAUGUCUCUGGAGGCAGGAGACACUGGACCUGGCAGCAGAAAGUACAUGGUCAGGCUGCUGACUUACCUGCCAGGUACACCUGUGGCAAAAAUUGCUACAAAUCCUCAGAUCCUCUACGAGAUUGGGAAGCUUGCUGCCAGGAUGGAUAAAGCUCUUGCAGAGAAAUUCCAUCAUGCAUCAGUAAAAAGUCUGCACCGAGGUCAGUUCAUCUGGAACCUGGCAAAUGUUCCCCUCCUGCAUCAGUACAUUUAUGCCUUGGGUCAGAACAAGUACUGUGAAGUUGUGGAAAAAGUUAUCCAGCAGUUUGAAGAAAAAGUGAUGCCAAAGCUAAGCAGUUUUCGAGCCUGUAUCAACCACGGGGAUCUGAACGACCACAACAUCCUGGUGGACUCGGCUUCUGCUUCCCCGGAGGAUCCUCAGUACAGAGUCUCUGGCAUCCUGGAUUUCAGUGACAUGAGCUAUGGGUAUUACGUGUUCGAAGUGGCCAUAGCGAUCAUGUACCUGAUGAUCGAGAGCUCAGACCCCCUGGGGGUGGGGGGCCACGUUCUGGCAGGGUUUGAGAGCAUCCUGCCCCUUACCGCCGAGGAGAGGGGUGCCCUCUUUCUCCUGGUCAGCGGAAGGUUUUCCCAGUCCCUUGUCAUAGCGGCCCACACCGCCCUGCACUACCCGGAGAACAAGGAAUACCUGAUGAUCACCGCCAGAACCGGCUGGAAACACCUCAUGAAGAUGUUCGAGGUGGGGCAGGCAGCUGUGGAGCAGCGCUGGUUUCAGAUCGCCGGAGCCUACGGGCACCACCAGGACCCCUAGGCCGAGGCUUGCGGGGUACGCGCCGGGUGACACUCGACUGCUGCAAUAAAACCCUGGAACG